CAUCCUUGGACCUUGACCAAACAGAACCAGACCAAGGUCACAGAGGACACGCAUUAGUUUCUCUCUUUCACUAGUCGGAAUCCUGUUGAGUGCCAUACUAGAUAACAGCGUAUUGGGUCGUGUCGGUGUUGGUACGUAACGUUCACUCGAGGAGUGAAAGUCAGCGGUGACGGGGUGCGCUAUCGAGUCAGGGUGAUGUGGUGAGAAUAACUGACUGCACCGGAAACGAAGCUGCUCUAUUUCUGCAGCAAUCCACGGCAAGAACAAUGCCGUUUGACUUCUGGGAUGAUGUUGUCCUGCCAGCAUGGCAUGACAUAGCUCAAUGCCAGAUUACUGAUGAAGCAUUUAAGAAGGCUCUCAUGGCAAUUGAUGAGCAUCAUCCACGUAUCAGCAGAGAUCCCGUGCUGAGGACAUAUCUGAUGGCGAGUAAGGAGUAUUUCUCCCUCAGAAGGAGUUCAGAACAGAACAGGUUAGUCUGCUAUGUUGGUUGGGUGAUUACCUUCAAGAGAGGACCAUCGGGUGUCCAGAACUUCAUUCAAGACAUCCAGUCUUCAUCUUUCCCGUCCAAUGUUGCUGUUGGUGGACUGCUGGAGAGGAUUUGGAAAACUCGUAAGAAUGAUCAUCCUGAUGAAGAUGUCAAGGAUCCUUAUUUCUUCACAAGGGUUGUCAAGAGCAACCUACCACAGAUCAUCGCCAAACUAGCGACCGUACCAGAUAUAGUGCUCACUGAAGUAUUUGGAGAUGUCGCCCUGGAUGAAGAGUAUAUCAGCACUUAUCGAACGGCAUGUGAGGUGGCCGGUCAUGUGCGUGAUCUUCCACUUUGCUGUCAAGCAUCAAUUGGGGCGUUUUUACUGUACCCAGCAGGCAGCUUUCAGUUUCUCUUUUGUGACUUGCACCAUCCUGAUCUCACUCAACGACUGGAUAACGAUUUCCUGAUCAAGAUCGACCGUGAGGCAGGAUGUGAUGGGAGUAGUCUUGUCCAACUGUUGAAUUUGGCUAUUGAUUUACAGAGCGAUAGAGGUACCUCAAUAUCAAUGGUGAGCGAUGAAGGUGUGAUUGCAGUGAGAGAAGGACCGGGCAAUACAGCUGAAGCUGAUAAUGGCCAGUACGCCGCAGCACUAAGUGAGCUGAUCAAGGAAGGUGUCCAGCUGAUACCGUACGGGCGCCUGAUAAUGUGCGGGCCGGGCCGCACAGGCAAGAGCAGCUUCCUGCGAUCCCUCCUGCGUCAAGCAUUCAUGUCAAAGGUCGAUAGUACCAUCGGUGUGGAGCUGGAGAAGGUGAUAUGCACGAUCGAGAAGCAAGGGUUAAAGUAUGUCUGGAAGCAAGCUGAAGAUUCUUACCAGCAGCAGUUGGCCCUGACGCACAGAGCUGUUGGACAAGAACAAAGGAAGAAAGAGAUAGUAGCAGCACUGAGACAACAAGGUGUGGAGAUCCCAAAGAACACCAGGUCCACAUCCUCCAUGCCAUCAACACCCAUGACAUCACCAUCCGCUGUGAUUGAGACUGAGCAAGCAGAUGCAGCCAGUGUGUGUGAAUCUGCUGUCAGCCAACAGGAUGAAGCCACCCACACCGGGUACUCUGGUCAAUCAGCUACCAGUUCAUCUGACACCAUGGUCUCUCAGAAUGUUUCCACUGCAUCCAAGCCGGAGGAGGUCUCAACCAUGAGUGUAGAACAGGUAGCAACAGCAGAGCAAGAUGUGCAGCAGCUACAGACGGAAAUCAACUCAGCUACGCAGAAGUUUGAAGGCUUCAUUGAAGAUCUGAAGAAGGGCAAAACUGAAGUUUUCACUGCAGAGCAUCUGAAGAACCUGACAUUCAUAGAUGUCUGGGACUUUGCUGGUCAGAAGCUGUUUGCUGCGAUCCAACACAUGGUCCUGGCCUGUGAUCGAUGUGCAUAUGCUGUUGUAUUUGAUUCCUCAAAGAAGCUCCAGGACAGAGCGAAGCCGACGUUUGGUGUAGACGGCGAGGAACUGCCGCUUUCCAACAGCCUGGAGCAGACCAACUUCGACGUCAUGGAGACAUGGUUCAACGCUAUCCACGAGGUCAUUGGAGACAGCGACAACGUACCUGUGUUUGCCAUUGGCACACAUGUGGACAAGUUACCAAAGAAGCCAGAAGCAAGGAAGAAGGCAAUUGAAGAGACUGAGCAGUAUAUCUGGGCCAAUGCGGAGGGUAAAGCUUAUGCUAACAACAUCGACAAGGUGGUAUUUGUGGACAACACACGAGCUGGCAAAGACCCGGAAGACCCAGCAGUUGUUCAACUACGGCAAGACAUCAUCCAGCAGCUGCAGCAUCAGUUCAGCGUUCCUAUUCCACUUCGUUGGCUUCCUGUAACCAUCUCCAUAGGGCACAUUGCAAAAUCAUUUGAACGACCAUGGGUAUCGGUUGACGAGCUACGUCGCUUGGCUGUUGCUGUUGGUAGCAUCUCCAGUGAUGAUCCUGAGUCAGAUUUCCAGAAGAUGGUGAAGUUCCACCAUGAUCUUGGUCAUUUGCUUCACUUUAUUCACAAUGCCCGUCUUCGUGAUCGUGUCAUCAUCGACAUCCACUGGAUUCUGAAAACCAUGUCACUUCUCUUUUGUCCUGAACCGAAGAGUAAGCAGAGCAAGCGUCUUCGUCCACAGUACGACUUGCUGACACAGAAUGGCAUCCUCCUGGAAAGUCUUGCCAUCCACCGCUGGUCACAGCACAAUCGUAUGACAUCGCGCUACACGGCCACAGAAGAACAGCGUGAUUUCCUGUUCGAGAUGGGUGAGCACUUUGCACUGUUCUACAACACCAAGACAACUGUGAGCGUGCCUGGUCAGAGGAAGGAGGUGACGACUCGCAAGUUCUUUGUACCAGCUCUGGUGGAACGAGUUGCACGUCUUCAAGAUGAAGCGAGCAAAGGCAAGCCAUGCCCAGCAAUGUACUUGUACAGUGGUGCAGAUCGUUACUUUCCACAAACCCUGUUCUGGUGUGGUGUUGUGAGGUGUAUGCAACGCUACAGUCCAAAGGUGGACCCAAUCCUCUGUCACACGUCAGCACGUAUUCUGGUGAAGGAUCGCUUCUGGCUUGUCAUGCAGUAUUUCCAGCAUGGCAUUCGCCUGUCACUUGAGAUUCCUGUCGCAGCUGGCACAGCUAAGUCUUCUACUAGCAAUGCUGGUACUCGCACGGAUGAGUCAGUUGGCUCUCCUGGCGUUGGUACUGCAGCAAGCAAGGAUGAGUCGGCUGCAGUCAAGAUUUGUCACGAGCUUCUAGCGUACCUGGAGUCGGAGCUUGACAAGCUGAAGGCAUUCUCCCUGACUCACGUGAAGUUUUGCAGGGCUGUUCGCUGUCCAUGCUCGUUCAGCCGAGAUGCGUGUCGCAAACACAAGCAGAAGUCUUGUGUAGAGAUUGGCUGUCAACACUUUGCUCCAUUGGUGGAGGGAUCGCGUCCCCGUUGUCCUAGUGGAGCACGUCCAGAAGUGGAUAUCAGUGAUGUACGGCAAUACUGGCCAUGCUUUGCCGAAGACACACAGAUCCCAGAGCUUGCUGAUACUGAGAAGCCAAUGCCGGCGAUGCCAAUGACAGUUGUGGAGCCCGCAGUGAAGGACAAUGAAGUUGCAGCAACAGCCCAGAAGCCCGCUGUGUCAAAGAGAGCUGCAUCCUACCAGCAAGCACUGUGCAAGCAUUAUGCUGCAGUACAGAGUAGCUUAGCGAUCAAUGUGAUGAACUGUGUUAAGCGAUUGCGCGCAGAAGGUUACCUGAGUACCGAAGUCGUAAUGGAAACCAGAGCCAUGCUUAAAUCAGCAGGGCAAGAUGAGACACUAGAUCACAUGUGUACUCUUCUGGAGAAGCUCCCCGAUGAUGGAAUGUGCUUCUUUGUGGAGAGUAUCCUGCCGUCCCAAGGACUUUCACAUCUCGUGGAGACAUUCCGUGCGUGUCCUGGUCCCAAGCAGUGUUCACUAGGUUACGAUGACUUGCAUCCUGCACCAAUGUGUUCCAGUGACAAGACACUGUCCAUGCAGACUGGUGUUGAUGGCUCCCAGACUGGUAAUGUCAAGAGUGGUCAACUUGAGACUGGGAUGUCUGAGCUUCACCAGGAAGUACUCCGUUCAAGCUAUGUGGAGUUGAAGUGUAGUUUGGACAUAGAAGAGGGUAUUCUGGACCGUCUCUAUGCAGAGAGCAUCAUCACCCAACGCUUCUGCAAGAAACUCCGUGCUAUGGAUGAUCGUGAUGACCAGGUCACUGUCUUCUUGGAAGCACUGCCACGCUGCGGCGCACAGGCCUUCCACCUGUUUGUUUCCGCUCUCAAGGAGAGCGAGAAGCGGGCCCACCAGGAGCUUGUGGACCUACUGAAGGAAAAGCUGUGGAAACUGUCCUCCGGUCUGUGAAGGUUACUCUGCUGGUGGACCUGGCGUGAGCUGCUAUGUACCCACAACGAGCUGUAUCAGUGGAUGGUGUGUGCAGACCAUCACUCUACUGAACGGUCGUAUUGUUAGAUAUGUUUCUUUUAUGCCGUCUUGAGCUCUUGGCUGGCAUUCUAACUGGUGUAGAUAAGAAUGAAUUUAACUUUACUUUAUCCUGUAUUUUGCAAGAAUAUUCUCCUAGUGAAAUGGUUGACGAUGCAAGUUAGAGUAUGAUAAAAUCCACACUGCACUGCACUGCCAGUUUGUAUUUGCUGUCUAUACUGUAUGCUUUGUUGCACGGACACGUGAUGCCUUUUGAGAUACAUUUGGAGCUGCUCAGCUGUGCUGAAGACCUACCUGGUGGCAUCUUGAUAAUUUUUUAAAAUUAUUACCGGUAUGAUUCUGUGGGUCUACACAGUACGUUGAGUGCACUCUUUACUGUGAGUCUACUGAGUUUUAAAGUUUUUUGCCCGUUUCUCCGCGUCUUACGUACUUUUUAAUUAAAAGCUUCCAGAAGUUCAAGUGUGCUGUAUGUUUCGAGCUUCAAUACUAUAAUUAUUAAUAUUAUGAUGUCUUUGACUCGCGUUUCCUUUUAGCAGAGCUUAUUAUUUUGUUUUCGCUCUAGAGAUUAGCCUGUGUUCUUGCACACUUGUAGUCAACAUAGAAUUUCUGACUAACUGAGGAAAACGUACUCAGCGGCACACACGUUCACCUCAGAAAGUUGCAUUGCCUGAGAAUAGGUAUAUGGAGAGGUACUCGUAUUGCAAGUAGUUUGUACCGACGUAUUAUAUGGACUUGUACGGUACAGGUAUUGUUUUUUUCUUUCUUUUUUCCGGAUCGCUGUGUUUGGCGGCAUCACACGGUUAUCGUGGAUAUGAAUUAUCACAAUGAGGAACACCUCAUUAGUGCAUGGGGAAUAUGGCUGCCUGUACUUGCUCAAUAUGUUGAA